AUGACUCGAGAUCCGACUACCUAUCCCGAUCCGGAUCGUUUCCUGCCCGAACGAUUCCUACAGGUCGACGCUGACACGCCAGCACAAUUCGACCCCAUGAAGCUCAUCUUUGGAUUCGGAAGGCGGAUCUGCCCGGGGCGCACUUUCGCUGAUUCCUAUCUGUGGCUGACCGCGGCGCACUUGCUGGCCACCAUGGUUGUGUGUAAAGCACGGAACGCAGCAGGAGAAGAGAUUACACCCGCAGCAGACUUUGCAGAUGGGUUUGUGAGCCGCCCCCCUUCAACAGCCUUUCCUCCGACCGUGGACUUAGGCUAUGCUCAAUAUCAAGGCGUUGCGGAUAGCACUACCAACAUUACAAGUUUCCUCGGCAUCCGUUAUGCCUCACCUCCAGUCGGCAACUUGCGUUGGGCAGAGCCGCAGCCCCCACCGACGUUGUCUGGCGUACAGCAGGCUAAAGAACAGCCGAACGAAUGCUACCAAGGUGUUUCCAUCGAUAUUGUCACAGACUCCCUGGGAAAACGCGCUGUGAGCGAAUCGGAGGACUGCUUAUUCCUCAAAUAUGUUGUUGGUUCCGCGAGCAUGUUCAAUGGCGCGGAUUUGAUCAUGCACUCUGAUCGCGGUCUUAUUGUGGUGAUCAUCCAGUAUCGACUUGGUCUUUUUGGCUUCUUGGCUGGCAAGGCCAUCAAAGCAGGCGGUGCUCUGAAUGCUGGGCUUCUCGAUCAAAAUUACGCCCUACAAUGGGUACAAUCACACAUCAGCACCUUUGGCGGCGACCCAUCGAAAGUUACGAUCUGGGGUGAAUCCGCAGGUGCUGGUUCCGUCUUGCAACACCUUGUCGCACAUGGCGGCAACACACAGCCACCGCUCUUCAGGGCUGCGAUGACGAGCUCGACAUUCUUACCGUCUCAAUAUAACUACAAUGAUCGCAUUCCAGAGCUACUGUACAACGACAUUGUCGCAGGAGCAGAGUGUGGCUCGAGCUCAGACACUCUGUCCUGCCUUCGCGCCGCCAACGUCAACAGGCUGCAAACAUUGAACUUGAAUAUCAUUUCGAAGGCAUUUUAUGGUACUACCGUCUUUGUUCCCGUCGUCGACGGCACCUUCAUCAUCGAACGCCCGACUGUCACGAUUGCCAGAGGACGCCUCAACACGGAGGUAUUUCUUGCGGUGACCAACGUACAUGAAGGAAACAUCCUUGUUAAUAAGUCACUUACAAUGAACGUCUCGGACUAUGUUUCCACCCUGUUCCCUGAUGUCGAACCCUGGCAGGCUGCAUUGACAACUCCUCUAUACCAGGACCUUGGCACCAAUGUUGAGCAAGCUAGCUAUGCAAUGGGCGAAUCUAUCUUCGUCUGCCCUACUUACUAUCUCCUUCACGCUCUGGGCACCAAGGCCUGGAAGGGCGAAUUCGCUAUCCCACCUGCAUUUCAUGGCAUGGAUCUCGCUUAUUACUUCACGUCGCAUAGCCCUGCAUACGACAACUCGGAGUUCAUCACCGCCUUCUCUAACGGGUUCUUGGCCACUGCCAUUUCGAUGGACCCCAACGCCAAGUACAACUCUAGCAACAUCACUCCUAAUUGGAAUGUUUGGGCACCUGGGCACACGGAAAUGAUGUUCAACAAGACGGAGGGGGGUGCACCGAUUGUGUACCCCUACUCGACGGACGAUGCGCUGCUCGAACGUUGCCAGUAUUGGCUUAGCAUCUCCGCGAAUACGGCACAGUAG